CUCAGGUAUAGAUACUGGCAACUUCAACCGCGCGAUUUGUCAGAUUUUUGUACCUUUUUUUCAUAUACACAUUUUUUUACGCGCGCCAAAAAUACACACAAUCAUCUUAAAUGAUCGAGAACCAGUUCAAGACCCAAACCAGCUGGACCAUUGAUGAGUUUCCCGAAAAGGAGCCCUCGAAAAUCAUCAGAAAAUACAUCAACUCGGCCAUCUACGUGGAGAAAACUAUCACCGACAUGACUCCAAGUCGAAAAACCAGCCCUCUAUCUGCCUCAGACGAAGAUGCCUCUCCCAAAUCCACCGUAAGGUUGAACACAGCAUAUAUCUCUUCAAAAAAUUCACUCGGUAUUAAAAAAAACACGUCUUCAUCUUCCUCGAACUCUUCACAAUACAGGAGCAGCACAGACGAGAGCAAAUCUUCGUCGCUACCGAAGAACAACUCGGAAAUUGGCUACGAUGAUAGCGAUGUCACAGUGAAACCUCCAAACAAUGACCUAAGACUAUCUUUAACAGGUCUAAACAGCGAUAGAACCGACAGAAUAUCGUGUCUGAACCUCAAAGAGAAAGAGGAGAUAGUGCAGAGCUGGAUGCUGCGCAAAGAACAGGAAAAACGACAAAAAGAGCUGCGCGAAACGAAGUUAGCUAAGGAAAAGGAAGAAGAACGUCAAAGGAUUAUAGAGAAAGAGAGGGAGAACUUUAAGAAAUGGCUGGCGGCUAAGAAAAAGGAAGAGGAAAGGAAGAGAAUGGAAAAAGAGCUAGAGGAAGAACAGGAGAAGCUGAAGGAGGCUGAGAAAGAGAAGAAAAGAGUGGAAAACGAUAUAAAUUAUACUCUGUGGUUGAGGAGGAAGAAGAAAUCUGAUCUAGAAAGAAAAAUACGAGAAAAGAUAGCUCUUCUGCAUUUGUACGAAGAGAAGCAACGUAGGAUGGAGGAAAAUGAGAGAGCCUAUCAGGACUGGCUGAAGAAUGCCCAAAACCGGCAAAAGCCUGUACCGAUGAACAAGGGAUUACAAAGUACGAAUGAACACUCUGUAUAUAAUGCCAUAGAUUAAAAUAUACAUUUGUUUGUGUUCGUCUACAUCAAUCACCUAUAUCAACCCAGUGCCGUGGACACCAAAUAUUGAUAUUCAACCGUGAUCACAAAAUAUACACAUAAA